AUGGCCCCCUUCCUGUCCUCAGAUGCUGGUGACAUGAUCGAAAUGCAGGGCUUUGGGCCCAGCCUGCCAGCCUGGCACCUGGAGUCCCUGUGCAGCCAGGGCUCCUCCUGCCUCUUCUGCUCUACCCGCAGCUCCCCAUAUGCCACCCCCAGCCGCUGCAGCUGUGUCCCCGACCGGUUGCCCCUCAGGUUGCUGUGUGAGAGCAUGAAGAGGCAGAUUGUGGCCCGGGCCUUCUAUGGCUGGCUGGCCUACUGCCGCCACCUGUCCACGGUGCGGACCCAUCUGUCAGCACUGGUGCGUCACCACAUCAUCCCUCCUGCCCGGCCCCCGGGGGCCUCAGGGGGCCUCACCAAGGACGUGUGGAGCAAGUAUCAGAAGGACGAAAAGAACUACAAGGAGUUGGAGCUGCUACGGCAAGUUUACUAUGGAGGCGUGGAGCAUGAGAUCCGUAAGGACGUCUGGCCCUUUCUGCUUGGCCACUACAAGUUUGGCAUGAGCAAGAAAGAGAUGGAGCAGGCAGACUCGGCAGUGGCAGCAAGGUACAAGCGGGUGCUGGCGGAGUGGAAGGCCUGCGAGGCAGUGGUGAGGCAGCGGGAGCGGGAGGCUCAGCCGGCCCCAUUCACCAAGUUCUCCUCGGGCAGCAGCAUCGACAGCCAUGUGCAGCGCCUCGUCCACCGAGAUUCCACCAUCAGCAAUGACGUAUUUAUCUCUGUGGAUGACCUGGAGCCCCCAGAGCCCCCGGGCACUGAAGAUUGCAGACCUGAGCCUGAGCAGGAGCUGGGAGCGGGGCCCCCAGGCACCGCCGUGGCAGGACGGCAGCAGUCCGUGGAGUUUGACUCCCCCGACUCGGGACUGCCGUCCUCUCGAAAUUACUCCGUGACCUCGGGCAUCCAGUCGAGCAUAGAUGAGGGGCAGAGCAUGGGCUUCGAGGAGGAGGAUGGCGGUGGGGAGGAAGGCUCCAGCGGGCUGGUCCCAGCGGCCGGCGCUUUCUCCGAGCCCCGGGACGCCAGCCCACACAAGGCCUCGCGGGCCAGCGAGCUGGAGGCAGGGGCCGAGCUGGUGGCCGUGUGCACUGCUGCCUACACCAUAGAAUUACUGGAUACUAUGGCCUUAAAUCUGCACCGCAUAGACAAGGAUGUGCAGCGCUGUGACCGCAAUUACUGGUACUUCACGCCCCCCAACCUCGAGAGGCUCAGAGACAUCAUGUGCAGCUACGUGUGGGAGCACCUGGACGUGGGUUAUGUGCAGGGCAUGUGCGACUUGCUGGCACCUCUCCUGGUCAUCCUAGACAACGAUCAGCUGGCCUACAGCUGUUUCAGCCACCUCAUGAAGAGGAUGAGCCAGAACUUCCCCAAUGGGGGCGCCAUGGACACCCACUUUGCCAACAUGCGCUCCCUCAUCCAGAUCCUGGACUCAGAGCUGUUCGAGCUGAUGCAUCAGAAUGGAGACUACACCCACUUUUACUUCUGUUACCGUUGGUUCUUGCUGGAUUUUAAAAGAGAGCUGCUCUAUGAGGAUGUGUUUGCCGUGUGGGAGGUGAUCUGGGCGGCCCGGCACAUCUCGUCAGAGCACUUUGUCCUGUUCAUCGCCCUGGCCCUGGUGGAGGCCUACCGUGAGAUUAUCCGGGACAACAACAUGGACUUCACCGAUAUCAUCAAGUUCUUCAACGAACGGGCUGAGCAUCAUGAUGCCCAGGAGAUCCUGCAGAUUGCCCGGGAGCUCGUCCACAAGGUGCAGAUGCUCAUAGAAAACAAGUGAGGGCUGCGGCCGGGAAGCAGCGGCCGACUAGGGCCUGGGCUCCAGUCCCCCGGGCCGCACAGGGAGAGGUGCAGGGCAGCACUGCUGAGACUGCCCGACCCCCAGCCGGCCCCGCCUGCCCACCUGAGUUCCUAAAAAAGUGCUUGUGAGCCUGGGAUCCGACUCCGGUCAGUGCUGGCUCUGCGAAGGGGGCGAGUCAGGGGCCUGGAUGCCUCAGGCCGGGGAGGGGCAGGGAGGGGGCGGGUUGGCCUCAGGGAGCGGCUGCCUUGGGGGACACCUACUCUGCUCCCCUCUCCAACACCUGGGAAUAGCCCCCCUGUCGCCUGCAGCCUCGGCCUCUCCUAGGAGAGCUAACAGGGCUGGAGCUGCCUGGCCCCAGCCGGCACGGGUCGUGUGGGCCAAGGGACGCUGUGCUGUACCUCUUCUUCGAGUCCCUUGGCAGGCGGCGUGCCUGUGCCCAGCGCAGCCCCCGUGGGGGCAGCCAGAACGGGUGCAGGAGCAGCCCACCUCAGCGGCGCUGCCACGGCCUCUGGCCGCCGCGGUGAGCCUGGCCCGGCCCGCCCAGGGCGCCCACGUGCACCUGCCCGGGUCCCCUCUCACCGCCUGGCUCUCGCUUUACGUAUUAGUCCCUUCCCUGACAACUGUGUAAGUGACGCUUUUGCCCGCCGGGUGAUCUGGAAUGCGGUGGGGGCAUUUCCCUCUGCAGAGGAAUCCCAGGGUGGCUCUUAAGGGGGGAUAUCCUCUCAUAGCCUCCUCUCAGGGACAGGCCCGGCGCCCAUCUCAGGCACCUGCUAAGUCCCUGGGUCUGGGGGCAGGGGAGGAUGCCUGGGUCUCCCUUGUUUGUCCCUGGUGAGAAGCAAGGCUAGCUCUGCCGGCUGCGUGCUGCUGAGGGUGCGGAGAGGCCGCGAGACCCGGAAGUGCCCUUGGAGGAGCCUCACCCAGGGGUGCUGAGAAGGGCCUAGCUCCUAGGCACGCUGCUUGCUCUGCCGUCCCCACGUCCCCUCCACCCCUAAACACUUGAGGCUAGGGCUUUGCCCUGGGGCGAGGAGGCCACUCUGCCACAGGGGCCAGGGCCUGUCCAGCAAAGUCCCUUCGGUCUAGAGACUUCCUGCAUUUGAGAAGCAGGGAAAGGGCCCCGCGGCCCUUCUGCAUCCAGCACAGUCUCCCCAGCCCACCCCUGUCCUGGGCACUGCACAGCCGGUCUGGGGGCCAGCCGCCCCAUUGCCUACCCCUGUUGUCGGUGAGUCCUUGGCUGCCACCAAGCAUGGCGGCCAUUGUGUGCCUGCCUUAGUGAUUCAGUGGUUUUGUGAGAAGCAGAGUGUGUAUGUUUUUUGGCUCAGAAACUAUACUCUUCGGUGUUAACAGACCAAUAAACCCAGCAUUUGGCAAUG